AUGGCAUCGAAAUAUGAGAAUUGCCCUAGAUCAGUUUCAGUAACAAAAACUGUAUCCGUGUACCCAAAAAUCUUGCAUCCACAGAAAGUUCUGAACCUCUCCAACUUGGACAGGCAAUGUCCAAAUCUUAUGUACUUGGUUUACUUUUACGGCCCGUGUAAUGCUUACAAGGGUUUGUCACUUUCUUCGGUUUUCAACAGCUUCAAGUGUGGCCUGGAAGAGACGUUGGCGAUCUGGUACCCCGCCGCGGGGCGGCUGAGCUUGAACCCGAAUGAUGGGAAGCUUAAUCUUUGGUGUAACAACAGAGGUGCAAUUCUCGCCGAAGCAACGGCCGAGCUGGUAAAGAUCUCUGACCUUGGAGAUCUCACUCAGUACUGUGAUUUCUUUGAAAGGUUGGUUUACAAACCCGAUUUUGGUGGGAAUUUCUCUCAGAUGCCACUAGUUGUUGCUCAGGUGACCAAGUUUGGUUGCGGAGGCUACUCCAUAGGAAUCGGCAGCAGCCACUCGCUAUUCGACGGACCCGCUGCUUAUAAUUUUCUGAGUGCUUGGGCUUCUAGUUCUUCUGCUACCAUGAUGAAACAAAACAAAGAUAGUAAUCUGGAGAUGUUCAAGCCAGUGCAUGAGAGACCUACGUUGUUGUUGGGCAGUAGUAGUUCUAAUUCUCAAGCCCCAAAAGAAGUAAUUACUAAUCAUCCAAAUUAUGAUCAUCAAAAGACAGGUGCUGCGGCCAUAGAUCAUCUUCUUCAGUUGAUAAUGCAAGCAGCCGCUGAAGGAAACCUCCAGAAGAGUGCUAGUUCUGUUGCUGCAGGUUCUUCGGAUAUUCGAAAGGGUUUUGUUUUCAAGACAUUUCAUCUGACCGGCGCUUUUGUAGAGAGUUUGAAGAGAAGAAUUCUCCAAGAGGAUGGUGGCUUUUCUUGUUCGUCCUUUGAGGUUCUUGCAGCUCUUUUGUGGAAGGCAAGGACCAAGGCUAUGGGGCUAAGAAAGGAAAAAAUGGCGUGCCUACAAUUUGCAGUGGACACCAGGAACAAACUAGUACCUCCACUUCCCAAUGGUUUCAGCGGCAACGCCUUCGUACUCGCCUCCGUCGCGUUAUCAGCCGGAGAAGUCGAAAAACUUGGCUACAAAGCCAUAGUUGAGAAGAUAAGAGAAGCCAAGGACUCUUGCAACAAUGAGUACGUGAAGGCAUACAUGGAGGGACUACAAGGCCCACAGGCUCCUCUCCCUCCUCUCAAUGAACUUACUCUCGUCUCUGAUUGGACUAGAAUGCCGUUUCACAAGCUUGAUUUCUUCAAUGGAUCUGCAGGAUCUGCCUUUGUUUCUCCACUGGUCCCUCCAAUCCCUCAGGUAACUUAUUUCAUGCAGAAUCCCAAUGAUCAUCUCGCCAUCGAUGUCAGGAUCGGACUGCUUCCGCAAUUUCUCAACGCUUUCUCGUCCUACUUUCUCGCCGCCACGCAAUAAAAACCGACAAGAAAAGAUACACUUUACUACUGGUAAUGCUAGAGUGCAUACUAAUUUGAUCCACCAAAUUUUGGAUAUCAAGUGAUAUAAUUGAAAAAUCGGUUUUAAGUAUCCAAAAUUUGGCAGACUAGUUGGUAUGUGUAGUGUUAUUACGAGAGAAUUAGUAUAAUUAGUUGGUCUGCGGAAACAGAUCACUAGGAGAUCAUUAUAUGUAUUGUGCUAAUGAUUUCUUGAUCAUACCGAGUUGUCUAAUAAUGUACUUAUGUGAGAAAUAAAAUAUAUGGACUUGUCGUUUGGUAAGACAGUUGAGAACCAAUAAAACUCGGAAUAUUAUUAUUGUAAUUGUACAUGCUCUUCUCUUGGUCAACCAGUGCCAAAAAAAUGCCUCUCAAAGUGUUGGUGGGGUCCUCCAAUUAUCUAAAUAUAAUUCUUAACUCGUACACGACUUCCACAAAAUGGGUCUAUGAUUUCAACAAAAUAUGCAAACUUGGAGCACGUGUAA